GUGGAGUUUAUUUGGACCACACCCACAAAACAUGUCGGAAUGGGCUCGUCUCCUAACAGGUUCAAACAAAUCUAGAGUCUUGUCAGAGCUAAAGAGGCGCUCAGUGAGGAGAAAACCUUCUUCUACUAUGAAAGAAGGAGCCGUCCUGGUCCCUUUUAUACUUAAAGAGGAUAACCCUGAGUUAUUAUUUACUGUUAGAUCAAGAAGCCUCAGAAGUCACAGAGGGCAAGUUAGUUUUCCAGGUGGAGUGUAUGACGAAUCUGAUCAUUCACUAAUAGAGACUGCACUGAGAGAGACAGAGGAGGAACUAGGAGUGGAGAGACAUAGAUGGGAUAUUUGGGGUGACCUACCACCUAUUCCCGGAAGAGGAGGUGCAAUAAUGAUCACUCCUGUCAUUGCGACCAUCCCAGAUCUAUCCAUUGAAAGACUAGACGUUCAGAAAUCAGAAGUUGAUUUUGUUUUUGCUCUCCCUCUCUCUCAUCUGGCUGGUCCUUCCUCAAGAAAAUAUACUAAGUUUAAGGACAUUCCUGUCCAGUUUCCUGUAUAUCUGGGUGGGCCUAGAAGAAUAUGGGGGAUAACUGGAUUCAUCAUAGACUAUGUUUUAACUCUUUUAUUGCCGCAUAAAACUUAGAAUUUAGAGCCUUAUAUCAUCAUCUACCUCCCAGUGUGAAAUGUAUUAAGUUUUUAUUACACUUAAA